UUGCCGAACGUGUUGCGGAAGAUUUCCGAGUAUAUUGAUUGUCCAGUUACGCCAGCGAGAGCGGGAGAACCAAAUUAGAUCCAGGAUGCAAGGAAACCCGAAUGCCCAACCAGUGGUGAUUCCCCCUCUGUUCGGAAAUCCAGUUAGGGUUCCUCCAAUGAAGGAUGAUCCAGAGAGAAAGAGAAUAAACAGCAUACUGGGAGAUUAUGCGAAGGUGAAGCACUUAUUCGAGGGAAAUAAGGUCUUGAUCGCCCCCGGCUUCAACCCUAUGUAUGCCGUGCAACCGAGGGCACACAUGCCACACCAUCCAUCAGCAAACAGACGGCCUCUUGUCGCAGCCAAGCAUCCAGACAAAAACCACCAUCCUGGCUUUCCCUUUGGGCCCGAUGGACGUCACAAAUGUGACCCUUGUCAGGGCCAUAAUGUUAGGCAGGGUAACGCCUACAAACAGUACGCGAACGGCACACAUCGACAAAUCAUGCGUCAUUGUGAGGCUAUGGGUUGCUCUACUCAUAAUCAAAUAUUCUGCGCUGUCAACCCUGUACCGGACCCAAUAAAUCAACCUCCAUCGAACGUUGAAGUGGACAGGGCACUUGCGGAAAUGGUAAUGCUGAAAGCACCAAUUUCGCCCAUUACCAAAAUAGAUAUGAACCACAAUGGAUUGUUCUUCCAUCAGCCUACAGCAACGCAACCAUUGAUUCCUCCGGCCAAAAGCUUUUCUACUCUGAAACGAAAUGAGAAGCCUCCCGAGAAAACCGUGCACAACAUCUCUGGGACAUCAGUCGAUCUUAGAAUACAACUGGCCUUGUCCGAUCCAAGCGACGACGAGGAGGAAAGCAAACUUCAUGUAUAAAAAGGAUGCUGUCUCCCCUAGCGACGAAACCAGGCGCCAAGCG